AUGUCAGAGAUAAACUAUACUGUGGUGACUGAGUUCAUUCUUCUGGGACUGACUGACCGUCCAGAAUUGCAACCCAUCCUCUUUGUGAUAUUUUUAAUGAUCUACCUCAUCACUGUAUGUGGAAAUGUGGGCAUGAUUGCACUGAUCAGGACUGAUCCCAAACUUCAAACUCCCAUGUACUUUUUCCUCAGCCACUUAUCAUUUGUGGAUCUUUGUUAUUCCACCAAUGUCACACCUCAGAUGUUGGUCCAUUUUCUGUCACAAAGAAAAACCAUUUCUUUUGUUGGCUGCCUCGUACAGUUUCAUUUAUUCAUUGCCUUGGUGGUCAUGGAUUAUUACAUACUCACAGUUAUGGCCUAUGACCGUUAUGUGGCUAUUUGUAAUCCACUGCUGUAUAGUAGCAAAAUGUCCAGGAACAUUUGCAUCUCCUUGGUCACUGUACCUUAUGUCUAUGGCUUUUUCAAUAGCCUGAUACAAACCAUCCUGAUGCUCCAGCUAUCCUUCUGUGGCCCUAAUGAGAUUAACCACUUUUACUGCGCUGACCCACCCCUUAUGGUCCUCUCAUGCUCAGACACUUACAUCAAAGAAACAGCCAUGUUUAUAGCUGCUGGUUCCAACCUCAUCUGCUCCCUCACAAUCAUCCUCAUCUCUUACAUGUUUAUCUUCAUAGCUAUCUUGCGUAUUCGCUCUAAUGAGGGCCGGCGUAAAGCUUUCUCUACCUGUGCUUCCCAUCUGACAGCUGUCACUGUGUUUUAUGGGACUCUUUUUUGCAUGUAUUUAAGACCUCCAUCGGAGAAAUCUGUAGAACAAGGAAAAAUUGUAGCAGUUUUCUUUAUUUUUGUAAGUCCUAUGUUAAAUCCCUUGAUUUAUAGCCUAAGAAACAAAGAUGUUAAGGAUGCUGUGAAGAGAAUAAUCAAAAGUAAAUUAAUGACUAAAUAA